AUGGGUAAGUUUAUCCCUGUCGCGGCCGGGCAGGCUUGUCCUGCGGUGCUGAAAGCUGAGCGUGCUGAGGGAGGUGCAAAACGUUCCGCAGCCUGCAGUGCUGUGCGCUGCUUCCUGGUGUCCCAGUGCAUCUUCGAGCUGCUGGCAGUGGCCAUCAGGCAUCCCAGCAGUGACCGUUUGCUGCAAAUCUUCUGCGCCCUGGUGGUGCGACUGCUGCGGGGCGGGCUUGGUGCGGGCGGCCCCCAGCAGGCGGCGGCUGCUGCGCUGGCACCGGCACUGGCGGAGCAGCUUCUUUGUCAGCUGCGCCUCGCUGACGCCAGUGCGCAAGCUCUCGCUGCUGCGAGUGCGGCGCUGUCCCCGUGUCUUCCGCUGGAGGCCUUCAGCCCAGUGCUGCCAGCGCUGCUGGCGAAGCUGGGCGCCAACUGCGCUGAGGCCUUCAAGGCGCUGAUGGCCUCCCUGGCGCUUUCCGCGAAGACGAAGCACAACGAGCUGGACCUGAACAGUUUUGUGCCACGGCUGCUGUCGUUGAUGCCGCUCGAGCCGCCAAAGGCCGUGGCCUUCCACAGCGGGGCGGCGGGGGUCUUGGCGCUCUGCUCCCACACCGCGGCCAUCACCUCGCUGUGCCGGCCCUGGGUGGUGAGCACCGCCAUGGCGCUGCUGCGGAGCGCUCUGCGCCCCGGUGGUCUGCAGCGGGUGCGGGCCGCGGUGCCGCUGGCGGCGGCGAUGGCAGCGGUGGGCCAAAAGCCGAUGGAGCCUGAGAACUGGGAAGUGGAAGAGAAUAUCUCCUUCCAGAGGAGACCUUCGGCACCUUCCCGCGCGCCGGCGACACCGCCGAGACAUCGCCCGCCGAACAAGCGGCCGCGCCGGCGCUGCGGUGCCAGCGCCUGCAGGGGUUGGCGAUGUUGGGUCAGCUGGAAAUGGCGGAGAGCCCCAACGCGGCCAACUUCCAGGAGAGCGGCCGCAGUGGCGAGUAGAGAUCCUGGACGAUCACUCGGAGCUGUUUCUGUCGCUCUCGCUGCUGCCGGUCUCCCGGUGCUUUUCCCCUGCCUAUGCGGUAGACCCGGGCCAGCUGGGUUUUUGGAUUUGCGAGUUCCCGGAGGCCUCCGACGACGAGAAGAAUUGCCAUCAGUUGGACCUGCGGCCCCCGGUGCACGUUUCUGCCACACCGGGCUGUGA